UGAACUUUUAUUUAUCGUCCACAGUUCAACAGAAUGGCAAACCACAUCAAGCUUGCAACUUCGGUGAGACCAUCGCUGAAUGAGUCCUCCAUUGGGGCCAUACUUGCACGACACUUCGGCCUGCGCAUGGUCAGUUGCCAGAAACUUGACAGCUAUGAAGAUUUGAACUUCCUGGUCAAAGUGGAGUCAAUUGGAGACAAGUGAAAGGAAACGUGUUGCCAUGGUUAUACGUUCAAAGUUCUCAACAAACGGAAUUCACAGAACACAAAGUACAUAGAAGCCCAGCAUGAGAUGAUGUCCCGUGUGUACGGGAGUGGUAUCCCUUGCGCCCGGGUCGUCCCAACCCUCAGCGGGCACCUGUACCUGACCUUGAACCUGGAAGACGAGGGUUGCAAGAACCCAGACAGCACGGGCCAAUAUACUCACUCGUCCUAUGUAGUGCGGCUGUUCGAGUUUAUCCCUGGGAAAAUAUUACAAUCUGUACCCCUCACCCCGGGGCUGUGUUACAAGGUAGGGGUGCUGGCGGGCAGAAUUGACACGGAAUUGAAGGGCUUUGAUCAUUCUGGUUUACAUGGUAACCAAGUGAUCUGGCACCUUGACAAUCUGCCCUUGAUUCUUGGCUUGCUGCACAUGGUUGACGAUGAUGGCGACAGAAAGAUGGUCCAUGACGUCAUCAAAACAUUUCAGACACGUGUUCUAGAACACCUGAGUGAAUUUCAACAAGGGGCGAUCCAUGGUGAUUUCAACGAAGGGAAUAUCCUGGUCACUGAAGCUGCGGAUGACGACAGAUGGAGGGAUGAUCACGAUGUGUCCGCCAUCUUGGAUUAUGCUCACAAUGGUUACCUGCCAUAUAUCUUUGAGGUCGCCAUAGCAAUGGCAUACAUGGCAAUCCUCAGUGACAAUGUACCACCACAAACUGCAUCCGGGUACGUUCUGGCGGGCUAUCUAACCAAGAAUGAUUUGUCAGACAGAGAAAUUGAUCUGUUAAAGAUAUGCGUAUGCGCGCGCAUCUCUCAGUCCCUGGUAAUAGGAUCCCAGUAACGUCUACAUGCUUAACACAGCUAGGAUAGGUUGGCCACGACUUCGUCAACUGUGGAAAAUGGACAAAGAACAGUUAGUCAGGGAGUGGCGAAGCAUUGCCAGCUCCUGCAGCGAAACAUUGAUGCAGACGAAACGAUGAUUAUUAUGAGGAGGAGAGAGAGGACUAAAACAUAUUAUCAUUCUUUAAGUAUUCUUCAUUGCCUUAGACAUAAUGUCAUCUCAAAGCCGUGGCCAUCACGGACAAGUAGUGUAAACCACGUUCAUCAAGUAUAUGCUCUACCUUUUGCAUGAAGUAAAUUGUAUUAGUCUCUUCAGAGGUCAACCCUCUUAUUUGAUGCCAUACCACUCAGCAGUGUAAUAAAAUGUAACCUUUUCAUA